UUUUUGAACGUGUGAAAUUUGUUGAUUUUUAUCAAAAAUGUAAAGCGCCGCGCAAGGAACGUACAAUCGACGUCUGAGCAUCCGAAUUUGCGCAUCUAUUUAAUCGAAUAUAUUCAGCUUGUAUUAUGGAGGCAACUGUUGAGGAUUUGGACAGUAAAAAUACGGGACAACCUAACGACAACAGCUGGUUUAGUUGGACAAGAUAUUCGUUCAGCAUGUUGCGUACUAUUGAGAAAUCUAUAUUUUCGCAUUUACGUCUUCCUUAUCGUGGAAUGUUUGUAGACGUUGGUCCAUGUGUUGGUGAAGCCGAUAAGAUAUGGACUAUUACAAUGAAUAAUGAUUCUAAGCGGAUACCGAUAUUGUUGCUACAUGGUCUCGGAUCUGGCGUAGGUUUGUGGGUACUGAACCUAGAUGCAAUUGCACAAAACCGGCCGCUCUAUGCAAUCGAUAUUCUGGGCUUCGGACGGAGCUCGCGUCCGAAAUUCUCGGAUGAUGCUAUGAUCGCCGAGAAACAAUUGGUAAAAUCGAUUGACGAAUGGCGAAAAGAAAUGGGUCUUCAGGAGAUGAUCAUUCUAGGCCAUUCGAUGGGAGGCUUUUUAGCUAGCAGUUAUGCUUUAUCAUACCCUGAUAGAGUUAAACAUUUAAUUUUAGCCGACCCAUGGGGUUUUCCAGAAAAACCGAAAGAAUCCAGUGACCGACCGAAGCCACCACUCUGGGCAAAAGCUAUAUUAGCAGCAUCGAAACCAUUAAAUCCUCUUUGGAUUUUACGAUUUUUCGGCCCCCUUGGCCCAUGGUUAGUGGGAAAAACAAGGCCAGAUAUCUUGAGGAAGUUCUCGGGUGUAAUAUCCAAUACAGAGGAUGUAACAAAUUAUAUUCACCAAUGCAACGCACAAAAUCCCACUGGUGAAAGUGCUUUCCAUACCAUGAUGCAUGAUUUUGGAUGGGCGAAAAACCCUAUGGUAAACCGUCUGCAUGAGCUCAAAAGCAGUGUUCCAAUAACAUUUUUAUAUGGAGCACGCUCUUGGAUUGAUAACCGGCCAGGUGACGUUAUCCGAGAGCUCAGACAACACAGCUACGUGAAGAUACACUCGAUCCCACAGGCUGGCCAUCACGUGUAUGCCGAUGAUGCUGAAACAUUUAACCGGCUGGUUAACGAAGCUUGUGCCACCUGUGACGAAGAAAAUUUGGCUGUAGUUAGGUCUGGCCACGGUCAAGGAAAGGAUUCGGAUGUUAAGUUAUAACAAUGGUUUCUAUUGUGAUAGAACUAGGUUUUUAUUUGUUCUAUUUGUGUUUUCAAAUUGAACACCAGAAAUAAAACAUAUUUAUUAUUUCAAUUAUUUUAA